UCUUCCCUGAUAGCGUAGCGCUCGAUGUUCCUCCGUGAAAAGACGGUCAUACAUUCGUUUUGUACUUCUAAAACAACGGAAUUUCACACUUUUUUGCCGGUUUUGUCGAAGAAGCAGGCAUGAUUGAGCCCAAGAAGAGAAUGGCGGACAUGGCGGUUGUGCCCGCCUCCACCAUGAAGAGACCCCGGACGGAGCUGGUGGCGGCGGCCCAGUCUCAGCAGCUCAUGGCCGGGGGGCCUCCAAGGACCUCCAGCCUGCAGGCCCCCAUCAUGCUGAUGUCGGGCCACGAGGGCGAGGUCUACUGCUGCAGGUUUCACCCCAACGGAGCCACCCUGGCCUCGUCCGGCUUUGAUAGGCUCAUUUUGAUGUGGAACGUGUACGGCGACUGUGACAACUUUGCCACGCUGAAGGGUCACAGUGGGGCCGUGAUGGAGCUGCACUACAACACAGAUGGAAGCCUGCUGUUGUCUGCGAGCACGGACAAGACGGUGGGCGUGUGGGACAGCGAGACGGGCGAGCGGGUCAAGCGUCUGAAGGGCCACACCUCCUUCGUCAACACCUGCUACCCGGCCCGCAGGGGACCCCAGCUCGUGUGCACCGGUAGCGACGACGGGACCGUCAAGCUGUGGGACGUGCGCAAGAAAGGCGCCGUCCACACCUUCCAGAACACCUACCAGGUGCUGGCCGUCACCUUCAACGACACCAGCGACCAGAUUCUGUCCGGAGGCAUCGACAACGACAUCAAGGUGUGGGACCUGAGGCAGAACAAGCUGAUGUACAACAUGCACGGGCACGGCGACUCCGUCACCGGACUCAGUCUCAGCUCGGAGGGAUCCUACCUGCUCUCCAACUCCAUGGACAACACUGUGCGUAUUUGGGACGUUCGACCCUUCGCGCCCAAGGAAAGAUGUGUGAAGAUUUUCCAGGGCAACGUACACAACUUUGAAAAGAAUCUGCUGAGGUGCUCGUGGUCCACUGACGGCAGCAAAAUAGCUGCGGGAUCAGCUGACAGAUUUGUCUACAUUUGGGACACCACGUCCCGCCGCAUCCUCUACAAGCUGCCGGGCCACGCCGGCUCCGUCAACGAGGUCGUCUUUCACCCCGAGGAGCCCGUCGGUAAGUCGCGUUGCCGCCGGCCGACGUUUGAGGCCGCGGUCAGCCCUCGGCCGAUCGUGAGCGCACCUGUUCGCGAAGGUUUCUUAGAACGGUGCUGCUCAAACCUUUUACACCAAGGCUAAUGGAAAA